AUUCUAUAUCAUCAUCGUUUUCCACCUUUUUGAUUAGCCAUGGCAAACCGAAUUUUGAUUUUGUCAUUCUUCUCUUCAAAACGGAAUUAUCACCCUAUAAACAGAAUUAUCACGUUUAUGUAUUGUGAACCAUAUAUAUUAGGGUUUCGGCUGAGUUUCGUCGAUCGAAGCAAAAAUGUCGGGAGCAGCCUCAGCUAUAUAUGUUCCUUUUAGACAUUAAAGGUAGAGUUCUGAUAUGGCGGGAUUAUCGCGGCGAUGUUUCAGCGGUUCAAGCUGAGAAGUUCUACACUAAGUUCAUCGAAAAAGAGGUCUUCAAACUAUGAACCUUUAGUUAGGUGGAUGCAUGGUGCUCAAAUGGUUGCAUUUAACAUGCAGAUCAACUUUGGGAAUCAUAUGAGAUCCGACAUGAAAUCUGAAGCCAUGACAGGAUAUGGUACAUCUCUUUGGUUAAUGCAAGGGAUGUUUCGAUCUAACGGUGGUUGUGGUUAUGUCAAAAAGCUUGAUUUUCUGAUGACAAAAGGGACAAAUGGUGAGGUAUUUGAUCCGAAGGCUUCAUCAGAAGUGAAGAAGACCUUGAAGGUUAGAGUAUUCUUGGGGGAUGGAUGGCGCUUGGAUUUUAGCAAAACUCACUUCGAUACUUUUUCUCCACCAGACUUCUAUGUGAAGUUUCGCAUAUUGGGAGUUCCAAGAGAUUUUGCGAAGCAGAAAACAAAAGUGAUUGAAGAUGAUUGGGUACCUGUGUGGGAUCAAGAGUUCACGUUUUCAUUAACUGUUCCAGAGUUGGCUCCACUUCAAAUUGAAGUAAAAGAACAUGACAUGUCAGAGGGGGAUGAUUUUGGAGGGCAAGCAUGUUUGCCGAUAUCAGAGCUGAAAACCGGGAUUAGAUCAAUCGACUUUUUGAUAGGAAGGGCGAGAAACUCCCAAAUGAGCAUUAUUAAGGAAGGAUCUGUUGAUACAGACUUCGUCAGAUUUCUCUGGUACUGCUACGGUGGCUAGGUUUUUGCUGAAACUCUCGAAAGAAGAAGUACUGUUACAAGUCCGGAAAAAGAUGAGCAAACCAGUGCUGAAAUAGAGGAGAGAGGACUGCACAUGCCGACAGCAAGAAUGAAGGAUGAGGACAAUUGCUCACUAAGAGAGGUUGGGUGCAUGAAUGCUGAGCUGGAUUCCCUCAAGGCCACUGUAAGGAGGAAGCUGCAUUUAGACAGUUAAUUAUAUCACUGAUGUAUUUAAAUGCAAUACACCUGCGACCCUGUUACCACAAUUCAGACAAACACACACAAGAGAUACCAGAAAGUGGAAGCUUGGAUUAAUAGUUGUAAGAGUAAUCCAGCAACUUGAGGCUGCCAAUCUCAACAGUAACUUUAGGUUACAAGUCUCUCAAGUUUACUCAAUACAAUUCUCAAUGCCCUCCUCUCUUUCUUCCCCUUACAUAUAUACUCAAGACUAAGUUAAUAGGUGGCUUGGUUGUACGGCUGAUGGUAUGGUCCAUUACAUCACUCCCCCCCAAAAGACACACCUUGUCCUCAAGGUGGAAGUCUGGGAAUCGAUCAGAGAUCAAGUCAGCAUCCUCCCAAGUCGCCUCAAAGGGCUGCAGUCCCUUCCACUUGAUCAGUACCUCACUCACAACUCCCUCCUUGCUGCGCACAGCCAUCAGUUCCUCUGGUUCCACUAACAACUCCAACUCAGCAGUGACUUGCAUAGGAAUGGUAGGCUGCACCACCUGAUCGCCCACCGCCUUCCUAAGUUGUGAGACAUGAAACACCGGAUGUAUUUUACAAGUCUCUGGUACUUAACAAGUACCUUACCGUCUUACGGCCAAAAUGGUGAAGCUGGUGGCCGAGAAGCAUGUCCAAUAUGUCAUAUGUGUUGAGAGGGUAUUAUGACUGACAAAUUGAGAAGUUUCUUGGAGGGUAGGUUCCAAAACUCUAAGACCAAGGAAUUUGUUAUUGGAGUAGCUGACUCUAAACUCGGAGCAAGUAUUUCCGAAGGGACUAAGUUUUCAUGCAGAAGUAAUGAGUUUAUGCUAGAGCUUCUCCGUGGUGUGCGUUUACACUUUGAGCAAUUCAUCAAGAAUCUUAAGGUCUUUCUGGAUCUGGCUGAAAAAGACUUGAGACAAAUUAAGGCUUUGUUUCUUGAGGUAUGCAUCCUUUCAUAUGUAUAAAUCAGUCAAUGAUUGAAGCAAUACACCAGCUCUGAGGAUAUUGGAGAAAGGCCGAACAUAUAAAUAAGUCACUUUCUGCACUUAGGGAUGUUAUCUCUGCUCUUGCUCAGAUGAAUGCUCAUAUUCCUUGCAAGAAUAGCAAAACUACUCAAGUCCUCAGAGGAUUCUCUAGGUAUCCAGCUUAUUAGAUGUCAUAAUUUAAACUUUGAUUUUUUAUUUAUUUAUUCUUGGGUAUAUUUUAUCCCCAUUACUCAAAGGAAAAUUUGGUAAUAUUAAUCCAAUCUUUGGGCGAUUUUCUUUUAUUAAUCCCACCUACGACAUAUUUUUUAAUAAUCCCACAUUUACUACCCAACGACUUUUAUUGGGCUUAAGUGACCGAAAACCGGUGAAAAAGUCAACGAGAUGGUGAUGAAUUGAUGAUGAUGACUGGAUAUAUCGAGAGAGACUACUACUACGUAGGGAUAUAUUACCGCCUACAACAGGUUUAUGACCUUUUAGGUCCAACAAAAGUCGCCGGGUAGCAAAGGUGGGAUUAUUAAAAAAUAUGUCAUAGGUGGGCUUAAUAAAAGAAAAUCGGCCAAAGGUUGGAUUAAUAUUACCAAAUUUUCCUUACUCAAAUUUAUCUUGGAAAGCCAUUGUUUAUUACAAUGAAGGUUGUGUUUUCAAGUCAGAAGUUGUUCUUCGGGCAAGCAGAGGAGGUCACGUUCCUUCUGGGUUUAAGGAACAUGAGCCCAUGCCAAAGAUGCCCUGCAAUCCAAGGUCUCCAUCUCCUCCAGUGAUUUAUAGAUGUUUUUAGUGAUAUUUACACAUUUACAGUGUUAUAUACACCAUCUCUACCUUGUGUAUUGUUCUCCGACCUUGUGUAUUGUUCAUGGGUGGAAUACAGUUUGAGUUUGGUGUUCUUGAUCAAGUAGUGUCCUUGAUUUCCUUGGAGGAUGAUUUAGGCAGGAAAUAUGGAGCUGAAAACCGAGAGAUCAAGAAAAGCGACAAGAUUAGAGGUCAAGAAGUUUUGAAAAGGCUUCUCGGUUGGAAUAUAAAGGCAACAAAAGAAAAAGAUCCGAGAAGACAAAAGACGAAAACAGAUCUCUCUCUAACAGAAAGGUUUAGUCUUGACUAAGUUUUGUACAUCUUUCAGAUCUCAUGUUACUGCUUGUUAUAAUUAGGAUCCGGAAGAGUAAAUAUUGCUCUAGCUCACCUUUUGGCUUGAUAUUAUGCCUUCAAACUAUCAAAACUUACAUUGUAUGAGUAAUUUAAAUUUGUGCGAGUAAAUGUUUACCAGUAAUUUGUAAAUCGCUAUCUUUUGUGUGA